AUGAUUGGUAUUAGUGACUACAGGACCAUUCCACUCAAGGACCUUUAUUCGCCUUUUCUUAUUCCAUCUCUCCACACUGCUGUCCAUGCUAGAAUUGGACCGAAACUCGGCAUUGACAUCGACAGCAUUGAUCAUGAGAUGCUAGGCGAAGAAGAAAUUCCAGAUGGCCAGGAUGAAGGCCAGGAAAUGCACAGCACAGGAACUGCUGGCAGUGGAGUCAUUGACAAUGGUGAACUAGCUGAUGGGAUGAGAGAGUUGGAGGAAGAUUCGGGUGACAAUGGCGAUGCAGACCAGGAUUAUGAGCCCGAGGAUAAUGAGGGGCCUGAUAGCACCCCAUAUAGCAGAGCUCUUGCUGAGGACGACUCUGGCUUUGGGGACAAUGGCAAGCCCACUGUUUUCACUUUGGGAAAAUUUUGGAAUUUUGUUGAUACCUUGCUCGAGAACAUUUGCAAAGUUGUCAAGCAGGAGGCAGUGAACAAUCAUCAAGGUACUGUUUUCCAAUAUACAUUAAUUAAAACCGCAUUUUGGCAAAUACUCAUAGAAUAUUUCCAGGAGGACCUCACUGAUUUCCCUGGUAACAUGGCCAUUCCUAAGCUCCUCACAAACAACAGUCCCCAGUGGCAGACCACAAUUCAGAACAACCUCCUGUGGAAUGAGAAUCUGUGA